AAACAAUCCUCUGGGUUGAUUGUUGGGAUGGCCAGUCCUUCCAAGAAUCUAGUAAUGUCUGACAGGUCAUCUGGUGGUUCCGAUUUGUAGAGUUUCAUAUAGAAUUACUUAAAGUCAUUGUUUAUCGUGUCCGGGUUGGUGGUUAUCUCCCCCUGCUCUGUUCGGAUUUCAGGAAUAGUGCUCACCGCUGCAGACUGUCUGAUUUGGUGAACUAAAAGCUUUCCAGCCUUCUCCCCAUGUUCGUAAAAUGUUUGUUUUGAUUAAAAAAAAAACAACUUCAAUUUGUUUAAUGGAGAGGUUAUCAAAUUCAGUUUUUAACAGUAAUUUUUCUCUGUAGAGAUCAGGCGUUGGGGCAUCAGCAUAUUUACGGUCCACCUCUGCUAUGCUGUGAGACAGGUCGCUCAGGCGCUGUUUGCGUUUUUUCUCUCAUAGGCUGUAUAAGAUAUUAUCUGGCCCCUGAGAUAGGCCUUAAGGGCCUCCCAUACUGUGGUUAGUGGCAUAUCUGGUGUCAGAUUGAAUUCCAAAAAACUAUCAAUUUGUUGGGAGAUUAAUUUCUUGAAAGACUCCCAGGAUAACAACAGAGGAUCAAACCGCCAUGUACUGCAUGGUCUGAUGCAUUCUGGGAAACAUAUCCAGUUGUACUGGGCCAUGGUCAGAAAUUACAAUACCCUUAUACCGGCAAUCCUUGACCAAAGGUAGAGUUUUGCUGUCUACAAGGAAAAAGUCGAUUCUGGAAAAGGAAUGGUGGACUGGGGAAAAGAAGGAAUAUUGCCUAGUGGUUGGGUUAUCUCUCUGCCAGGGGUCAAAAAGUGUGUAUGUGUCUAUAAAUGACUGGAUAGCUGCACCAGAGUUUGAGAUCUUACUGUUAGGUCUGGGAUUUGAUCUGUCUAGUUUAGGGUGUAAAACACAGUUAAAAUCACCUCCUAGUAUCAAUUGGUUGUUAUUAAGAUCCAGUAAUGUUGCUAUGAAGUUAGUGAAGAAUAGUGGAUCGUCCCAGUUGGGUCCAUAUACUUUAGUUAAUGUUACUUGAGCACUGUACAGCUUGCCACUCACUAUGACAUAUCUACCCCUGGAAUCACACGCAGUCUGUGUUGGGAUGAAUGGGAUGCCUUUUUUAAUCAGAAUUGCUGUGCCACGUGCCCAGUCAUCGUUUUUUGAACAGAAUAAUUGCCCUAUCCAAGCUUUCUUCAGUUUUGUAUAUUCACUGGAUCGUAGGUGAGUCUCCUGUAGAAAUCUGAUAUCACUUUUUAGUGCUUACAUAUGUGCAAACACCCUGCUUCGCUUCACUGGGUUAUGGAUUCCCUUUAUGUUCCAACUCAGGAAACGAAUAUGACUUGCCAUUUACAUAUCAAACAUUGUGUUUCUAGAGUAACUGAGAAAAGUAAGAAAGCAAGAAUAAGUCCCUGUCUAACUGCAAAACUGAAACUAAAGCUGAGCCUUAAAUCCCUAUGCUGAUCUACUGAACCUGUCGAGAUCGCACAUCCCCCUUCUAGCAUUCUGGUGCAGAUACUCAACUAACCUAUCCUCCUAACUAGCCCCAAGCGGGGCGAACCAUUAGUAAAUGUAAGCUGAAUUCAAAUUAGAAUAGAGAUUGUUUAUAUAUAGUCAACAACAGAAAAAAAACAAAAACAAAAACAAAACAAGGUAUCUCUGUGUGACCCUCCACUCUCCUGUAUCUGCAUGUCUAAUGAAAUUUAAAAGGCUUAUCUGUGAGGUGCUAGUCCUGAUAUCAAUAAUUAUUAUGGCGUUCACAUUUUACUCAAGAGGGCACCAUAUUCAAAUGUUAUGCAUAUUUACAUACAUAUCCACGUGGGUUACAUACAUAAACCGUAAGAAAAGAAAAUAGGAGAGGGGAAUAAAGUCUGUACACCGUAACUUAAACACCAGGCGCUAAACGAUCAUAAAAUAUAAGAUGCCACUGUUGCCUGGGCAACCCGGUCUCACGGGGAUUCGUGAAACUGUCACGUAAGUUUUAGUUUCGGUUUCGUGCGCACCAACACGAUUUCGUCAUGUUUUUCGUGCCGCUCACCACGAAAUGUUUUUCGCUGUGGUAAUCACAUCUGAAAGUGGUUUAUACCGGCGGAUUCAUGACGAUCUAAGCUGUCCAUCGGCGUAUACUGCUUGUGUGAUUGCGUUUGCGGCCGCCGGCCGCCGGACAUUCUUGAAAUUCCUAUGCAAAUUGGUAAGUGUACCACCGGCUUAUGGUUAGGUUAUGGUUAGGUUAUGGUUAGGGUUAUGGUUAGGGUUAUGUUUAGGGACGAUGUCAUGCAAAAUAUAGCGUUGGAUUCGCCACGGUUUUACAUUAAAAAUAUAAUAUACACAUUCUUUUGAAAUAUGUUCUGAGUGGCACGAAAAGUCCGCCGUUUAAAAUACAUUGGUGCGCAUUUCGUGGUGAGCGGCACGAAAAACAUGACGAAAUCGUGUUGGUGCGCACGAAACCGAAACUAAAACUUACGUGACAGUUUCACGAAUCCUCGUGAGAUCGGGCUGGCCUGGGAGCCUCACUGUUGCAGGCAUUAUGAAAAAGAAUGGUGAAUAAACAACUGUCAUGAAAACACCUUUCACACUUGGGCUUACCAGUUCGUUGUUAACCUUUAGUCCCCAUCUUCCAAUUGGCUAAAUCGGGCUUCAAGUUCUUUUUAAUGUAUUCCACCGCCGCCGCUGGGUCUUCAAACCGCUUCUCCUGACCAGAUGAGUCGUUGAUGCGGAGCACCACUGGGAACCGGACACCAAACUUGACAUUUCGGCAGCUCCGGAGUAAACGUUUACCUUCGGCAAAUGCAGCUCUCUUCUUCGCCACCGUCACCGUAUAGUCUGGAAAUAUACUCACUCUCUCGUUGUGCAGGGUCAGCGGUGCCAAGCGAGCCGCUGUACGGAAGACUUCCUCUCGUUCCCAUAGAUAGUGGAAUCUGAGCAAGAUGACUCUGGGAGGCUCCCCUUCCUUAGCGCGCCGGGCGCCGCGGUAUGCUGCAUCCAGGGUCGGGGUGAACUUAAGGCUCAACAGCUCCUGCAGUAGUUUAGCGAUGCUCGCAAUGGGCCGCUGUCCCUCACACGAUUCAAGACCUUCUUUUAUCCCGACCAGGCAUGUGCAGAAUCGGCGUUGUCUCCCGUCAAUUUCUUCCAUUUUCUGGCGGAUAGAGGUGACUUCCGCUUUUAACACGGCGACGCCAUUUUCCAUAGUAGCCGCCCUGUCUGAGUACGUAUUCAGACCGGAUUCCAGCUCGGUCAAGCGGGUCUCUUGUUUCGUCACGUCUUCCCGGAGCGCGUCUAUCUUAGUGUUCAACUCAGCUGUACUUGAGUCUAUCCGUGCCAAAAUUCUACUUUCACUGCUUGCAAUGGCAGUCAUGACAGCCGUUAGGUCUGUAGCCUCCUCCUCUGAAGAUUCCUCGUUCGCGGUCGCAGUUUCGACUGAGUCCGAGGCUUUACUCAAGGCCUCCUUCUUGAGGCGUUUUCCCGUCGGCAUUUUGUCGUUUAGUUGUAUAUUGCGAGAAAGGGGAGCAAUCAGUAGGAUACCCUGGUGUUAUGCAGUUGUCAGGGACAGACACGGUCCGUCUGAAGUUAUUUUAGAAAACGUUAUUUUUAAAAAAAGGUUUGCCCCGGUUGGGAGCACUGUAUAAACAUGUCCUUACAUACUGCUGCUCGCUAGCGCCCCCUAACCUGCAUUUUUUCAACGUUGCAGUAUUGAUAUAUGUAUAUGUAUAUAUAUAUAUAAACUUAGUUGUAGUUUGGUUAAUGAUUCAUUUUUUGUUUUACAAUUUUUCUCAAUCAUUUAAUUGUACUUUUGUCAGCUUUUUAUUAAUGAACUACAACAUUGUAUAGGUGACAUUCCAUAUUUAUUUUUAUUUUUUAUGCCAGGUGGAUGGUGUGGAUAGAUAGGUGUUUAUGCUGUAUUGUGUAUGCAAAGUUUCUUAAUAUAUGCUACAUUAAAAAUCAAUAUUUAUAAUAAGCAAGUAUUGAUGCUAACUUUCGUAGGAAUGUAAUAUUGAGUGUAACAUUUGACAAUUGUGCUACAGCUGAUAAUGCUGCAAUCAUUAGUGUUUCCAUAAUUUGUAAGGGGAAGCUAAAAACAACCAAUGAAAAAUACAUAAUCGGGAAUAAAUAGAGAUGGAAGAAUGACUUGACACAUGUACAGAAAUCACUUUAUUAGGAAGCUAUUUAAAUGAUUAUAAAUGACCUCACUGCAAUUAGAAGUUAUAGUCAGGCUUUGAAUUUCAUUUUAUAAUAGGUAAAAUAAUAACAAGCGUUUUUAUGUAAAUGUAUGUUCUGCAUACUGCUUUCACUCUACACUCAAAAAACAUGAUUUAAAAAUUGUGUGAAUAUUAAGAAAUAGGUAAUUUUAUUUUACUACUAUUUCCAAGGUCAGUAAAGAACCUUCAGGCUUAAAGUUACAUCAUGCAGCUUGCUCUUGUGCAGUUGUAUAGCUCUGUAAUUAGUUGCCUCAUAUUUAUAUAAAAGGUGAAAAACUCACAGCACAUUUCAAAGCAGUCCAGCUGUCAUGGAUUUAGAAAUAAAUAGUAAUUUGCUCCUUGAAAGUAAACUCUGUAAACAUAAGAAAUAUGUGCAACGCUGCCUGUGUGGAUGUAAUUCUGGUCUUAAUUGGUGGUGUGAGUAUGAUGCUGACUUCUUGAUGUGAAACGUCCUUCAGGGGCUAAUUACCAAGCGUAAAGGACAGAAUCGCAUUGGGUCAGGAACACGCCGGGAUAGAGGUGCCAAAUCAGUGAGGACCGUUAAGAGAGUGUUGUUUGUGUUUAUAGGAAGUCUUCAAAGAUUCAGAAAUAUCCAGGUGGCAGGCGAAGUGGCAGGCGAAGUGUCCAGAGAAAGAAUGUGGAGAAGAAGAGUGGGCCAAGGAAGAGUGGGGAGAGGAAGAGUAUGCAGAGAAAGAGUGGGCUGAGGAAGAGUGAUCAGAGAAAGAGUAGACAGAGAAAAAGUGGACAGAGGACAAGUGGGAAAAGGAAGAGUGGGCAGAGGAUAAGUGGGCAAAGGAAGAGUGGGCAGAGGAGGAGUGGGCUCAGAAGAAGCACCAGGCCAACCAAACUGACCAGCAGAUACCAGGCCCCCAACAUGUUCAACGGCAUCAGCACCAACACUGGCAGCUCAGUUCUGAAGGAGAUGGAAAACAUGAAGAAGAAGAGGCACCUCAGUAGCAACAAGGAAGGAAAGAUCUACUCUAAAGCCCAGAGGACAAGAACUCCGGUACCACAGAGAGAGUUCACUGACAGCAAGGAUGGCAAUGGUAUGACAAUGGAUGAGGACAGCAGGCAGGCAGUGACUGCAGAUGAAGACAGUAACUGCAACGCAAACCAGAGCUUUGAUGCUAAAGUGAGCCGAGCCUCGUCGCUCUACCAGGGAUCCAGAAGCGAGCUUCUGAAAGGAACCUUCCAGAUCAGUGCUUCAGGACCAAACACGAGCCGCAGAGGAGCCUUCAGACCCACUAAGAGUGCUUGGUCCAGUCAGUCUGACGAGGAUGACGAAGACGAAAAAUCAUUGAACAGUUGUCACCCUCUUGGCCUGCAUUCAGAGGAUCUUCUGGGGACUCGCAGAGACAAGAUGGCCUCAGGAGCAGGUCUUGCAGACAUUGAUCCAAUGGCCAUUGAUCAAUCCGUGGGUUUUGACAGCAUUGGAGGUCUGUCGGGUCACAUCUCAGCUCUGAAGGAGAUGGUUGUAUUCCCAUUUCUCUACCCUGAGGUUUUCGACAACUUCAAGAUCCAGCCUCCCAGAGGUUGUUUGUUCUAUGGCCCUCCUGGGACGGGAAAAACUCUGGUUGCCCGGGCGUUGGCCAACGAGUGUAGCCAUGGCAACAGGAAGGUCACCUUCUUCAUGAGGAAGGGAGCCGACUGCCUCAGCAAGUGGGUGGGAGAGUCAGAGCGGCAGCUGCGGCUGCUGUUUGAACAGGCGUAUCAGAUGCGUCCGUCCAUCAUCUUCUUUGAUGAGAUCGAUGGUCUGGCUCCAGUCCGAUCCAGCCGACAGGAUCAGAUACACAGCUCCAUUGUGUCGACACUCCUUGCUCUGAUGGACGGACUGGACAGUCGAGGUGAAGUUGUGGUGAUUGGAGCCACAAACCGGUUGGACUCCAUCGACCCGGCGCUGCGGCGCCCUGGACGUUUCGACAGGGAGUUCCUCUUCGGCCUGCCUGACAAAGAGUCUCGUAAAGAGAUCCUGAAAGUCCACACCUGGCAGUGGAAGCCUCCUCCUAGUGAAGACUUUCUGGAAGAACUGGCUGAAAAAUGUGUCGGUUACUGUGGUGCUGACAUCAGGGCGGUAUGCACUGAGGCGGCGCUGUGUGCUCUGCGGCGUCGCUACCCGCAGAUCUACGGAACCUCCCAGAAGCUCCUGCUGGACGUGUCCUCCAUCGCCGUCAGCAGCUGCGACUUUGUGGCAGCCAUGAGGAAGAUGUCGCCGGCUUCACACCGCUCCGCCACCUCUCCUGCCAAACCUCUGUCACCUGUGGUUCACCCGCUGCUGGGCGCUGCCCUGCGCGACAUCCUGGAGGCUCUGCAGAGGCUGUUUCCUCAUGCUGAACAGGGAAUGAAGAGGAAGAUGGAGCCAAAUCUGACUUCUGGUAUCCUUGACGAUGGUCUGAUGUCUGAUGGAGACGAAGGCUCCAUGACACCAAGCAUCUCAGCAUCCUCUGCCUCCAAGGACAAAAACUUCCUACACUUUGCCAGGAGUGCCGUCAAACAACCAACCUCAUAUCGGCCCAGAAUGCUCCUGGCAGGUCGCCCCUGUGCCGGUCAGACCUCCCACAUGGCUCCUGCUGUUCUACAUGCUAUGGAGCUGUUCACCGUUCACAGUCUGGACUCUGCUGUGCUGUUUGGAGUCAGCAGCACCUCCCCGGAGGAGGCUUGUGCACAGAAAAACAGCUUGUCUGUACAGGACAACGUCGAUCUCUUCUCUGAUCAGGUGUUCUGUGAGGCCAAACGGACGUCUCCCAGUAUCCUCUACAUCCCCCACAUCCAACAGUGGUGGGACACAGCAGGGCAGGCACUCAGAGCCUCUUUCCUCAGUCUGCUGGGCAGCAUCCCCUCCUUUUCCCCCAUCCUCCUCCUCGCCACCUGCAGUGUCCCUCAUCAGGAGCUCGACCCGGAGAUCCAGUGUCUGUUUCGGGAGGAGUACGGGGAGGUUUACACUAUCAGUACUCCCACUAAGCAGGAGAGGGUCAACUUCUUCCAGGACCUUAUUCUUAAUCAGGCGGUCGAAGCUCCACCCUCCAAGAAAAACGCAUUGACUCAGGACAUGGAGAUCCUUCCUGUUGCUCCGCUGCCUACCUCCCGUGAGCUGUCAGUGCAAGAGCGUUUCCGUGUGGAGCAGCAGGAAGAAGACGUGCUGCGAGAGCUCCGCCUCUUUCUGCGUAACAUCACCGAGCGCCUGAGUCUGGACCGUCGCUUCAAGGCCUUCACCAAACCAGUCGACAUCGAGGAGUUUGCAUACAAAGAACACAUUGGAGUGGAUGAUGCCAUCCUCUUCAUGCUUCACCGUGUCCCGUCUCAUCUGGAGGAACCUGGAGUUUAUGUAAGAAUCAUGUUCUUUGAUUUUUCAAACGCAUUCAACUCCAUCCAACCCACCAUCCUCAAAGACAAGCUCACAGAGAUGGGAGUGGAUCCUUCCUGUUCACAUACAUCUGACUUCAAAUACAGCACUGAGUCCUGCCACAUCCAGAAAUACUCUGACACUGCUAUCAUGGCAUGUAUCAGAAAUGGACAUGAAGCUGAAUACAGGGAUCUGAUAAGUGCCUUCAGUGACUGGAGUCACAAAAACUGCCUGCUACUCAACACCUCAAAGACAAAGGAAAUGAUCAUAGAUUUCCACAGAUCCAAAACCCCUCUUCAGCCGGUGAACACUUGUGGUGAGGACAUCGAGGUGGUGACAUCAUAUAAAUAUUUAGGUGUCCAUCUUGACAAUAAAUUAGACUGGUCUAAAAAUGUAGAUUUCAUCUACAAAAAGGGCCAGAGCCGACUUUUUUGCCUCAGAAGACUUCGAUCUUUAGACAUCUGCAGUAAGAUGCUGCAGAUGUUUUAUCAAUCUGUGGUAGCAAGUGUCCUGUUUUAUGCUGCAGUCUGCUGGGGAGGCAGUAUAAAGAACAAGGAUGCAAGCCAUCUGAACAAACUGAUUAAAAAAGCUGGCUCUGUGUUUGGAAUCAGAUUGACCACAUUGGAGGAUGAGGUGGAGAGAGAGAGGCACUUAGAAAGAUGGAGGCCAUUCUGACGAACAUGGAUCAUCCACUUCACAUCUGCCUCAGUGAACAACAAAACAUCGGUGGAUGGCUCCUAUCCCUGCGCUGCAGGACUGAAAGAUUCAGGAAAUCUUUCUUGCCAUCAGCAAUCAGACUGUUUAAUUCAAAAGCAAAAAGAUGAGACCAGACAAUUGAAUUUCACUUCGGG